AUCCCAUUGAAAAAGGCCAGCGUGCGAAGAUAAAAUGUGCGUUCCAGCCAUCUUCAUCAGGCUCGGUGUAAUUUGUCUUGAGUCAAGAAUCAAAGCCCCAACUUUUUUAAGUCGUCUUAUUGCCAAAACAAAAACUCGAUCAAGCAGGUCAGGUCAUCUAUAUCUCUCAAGUUGGUAUAGAUUAUAGAGCAAGCAGGCUUGCCAAGUGAAGAGAAAGGAAAAAAGGGAAGAGAAAAUGUCGACUGUACCACCGCCAACCCCUGAUAUGAUGACUGCCUGUCGAGCCAUUGUGCUCUAUCACACUUGCGGCUGCAAGUCGGAUAACAAUCUGACCUACUUUUGCAACAAACCUGACUGCCAACACGAAGCGUCAACUUUAGUCGUUGCCAAUCUGCCAUUCGCUUGUGGAUCAAAGCAGGGGCGGUCUGAAGCGUGUAAAAUUGAAGACAAGGCAAAAAAGGAAUUCGUCAGAGAAGUAGACACGGCAGACAAACUUGAAAACAUCGUAGUCCUCCCAGAGUGUACCAAGGAUGACAUCACCGCCUUGGUAACUCCCUGGACCGGGCCGCUGACUCCAGAAGGAGAGUUUUAUAGCCAUUAUCGGCGAAGGCACGAUGUGAAAUCCGCUGAUUCUCCUUCACAAGAAGCACCCCCCUCUAGUCUGGACAUCGCUACAAAGGAAGUCAACCUCGAAGAAGUCGAGCAAGCGUCACGGGAGUAUAGCGAAGCCAAUGAUGAAGCCCACCACAGUGACGGAGACAUGAAGGUAGGUUCUAGUCUGCAAGAUGAGCAGGGGGAGGACAGUAAUAUCCGUAAGGACUGCAAUGUCGAGACUGAGCUGUUCACGGUAGGUGACGAGGAAAAUGAGAUUGAAUUUGUGGAUGUUGAGCUUGACGAUGAUUACGACAUCUAUGAGGAUGUCGACAUUAAUAAGAACUUGGAGAGCUACGGAGAAUACGAAGGUAAGACCAGUAUCGAACGCAAUUUGCGGAUUGACUCUCAGAAAAACAUUGGACACACCCCCUACGGCAACUUAGACUGCGCAGAGGUAAGUAACGACAUGGCAGAGCACGUUAACAAGAUUCAUGGAACGGCAAGGGAGGAGCAUCACAACGCGUUCAGCCCGGUGCAGGACAGAUUCGAUGGAAUGGGUAUGACGGAUGAUAUGAUCGACUUCCUAAUAGAAACUAGGGAGCGUGGGGUCAAUGGGCCUGAGAGACAGAAAACAGCACUGGGAAUGCUCUGGUCGUGCUUCAGCUUGUAUACCCGUAAAUAGGUGGUUUUUGGGAUUGAGUAAAAGCCUGGGAUUGGUUACUGAUAGGUAGCCUUUGUAGAGUUUAUGCAUACCUAACAUUAAUUAUCUGAGUUUUACUGAGUUUGAUUUUUAAUAA